UCGAGAGUGCGCAAGCCUGACAGCAUAAUGCGCGCUCCCGUGUUCCCCUGGAUGCGUGUUUACUCGGGCUCCUCUCUCCUCCCUUGAAAUGAGAGAAGUGCGGAGUGGAAGGGACAUCGUUUUACAAGAAAACCUCCACGAACGGACAUCCAAGAGCAAGAUCGGCCGACAGACGAGGGCUAGAGCGGUGUAGCGCGUGGAUACAUUGAUUUGACACCAAGGUCAAUUAUAUUUCUGUUAAAAAAUAAAAUAAAAAUUAGCUUCAGACACGGAGAAAUCACGAACCUCUGAGGAUGGAGCAGGCAUACGGGGCUGGCAAGGCUGGUGGCACAUUCGAUCCAAUUACGUUCUUUCAGCAACCGCAGGCUAUUCUACGCAUAGUGUCAUGGAUCUUUUCCAUUGUGAUCUUUGGAUGCAUUGCUAAUGAGGGCUAUGUGAACCGUCCGGACGAGGUGGAGGAGCAUUGCAUCUUUAACCGUAACCAGAAUGCCUGUAACUAUGCUGUGGGUAUGGGAACCCUGGCCUUCCUCUGCUGUGCCGCUUUCAUGGCACUGGACGUCUACUUUCCUCAGAUAAGCAGUGUUAAAGACCGCAAGAAGGCUGUUUUAGCUGAUAUUGGCAUUUCAGCUUUCUGGUCUUUCGUGUGGUUUGUGGGAUUCUGUUUCCUGGCUAAUCAGUGGCAGGUGGCUAAACCAGAAGAUAACCCUCUCAAAGCGGGUGGAGACGCAGCCAGAGCAGCCAUCACCUUUGCCUUCUUCUCCAUAUUUACUUGGGGUGUUCUUGCGCUGCUGGCCCUGGAGCGCCUAAAGAAAGUCUCAUUUCAAGAGGAAUACGACAAACUUUUCACCCCUCAUACUCCACCUCCAUUUGUCUAACACUUACCCCACACAUUCUUAUUUGUUAACUAUGCCAUAGACAUCAACUACAGAAGCACUCCUUCAAAAAUCUUACAUUCAUAGAUACCAAUAAAGACAGGAUGGGUUUUUUUUUAUUACAGUGCCAUAUCAAGCCCUGAACUUCCUUGUAUGAACUGGAAAGAGUUUUAAACACAUAUCUACUUGGAAUUAUGAAAUUAUGACAACAUGAUCUACAGUAAGAUGAUAUGAUUUUCACCUUUCAGUCUUUUCCGCCAUUUGUCAUAAAGAGUGGGGUUAAAGGUACACUAUUUUUCAAAAAUGUGGGUUCAUUGAGACUUUUUGGAAGAAAUUAAUACUCUUUUCAGAAAGUAUGCAUUGAAUUACAUACCAAACAUAGAAGUGAAUGUGUUUAUAAAGUUAGAAAAUAUUAAUAUUACAAAUAAAUGCUGUCAAUUUGAACUUUCUAUACAUCAAAUAAUGCUGAAUAAAAGGCAUCACAGUUUUCAACAAAAUAAUAAUAAAACAUAUUUAUUGAGCAGCACAUGAGCAUAUCAGACUGAUUUCUAAAAGAUCAUUUGACACUGAAGACUGGAGUAAUGAUGCUGAAAAUUUAGCUUUGCAUGCCAAAACAAAUUAUAUAUAUAUAAGAUAGAAAACAGUUCUUUUAAAUAGACCAAAUAAAUGCAGCCUUGUUGAGCAUAAGAGACUUCUUUCAAAAACAUUAACAAAUCUUCCCAACCCCAAACUUCUGUUCUUGGUGUGCCAGAAAAUCAAUGUUUUCCUGACUAAAUGAUAGUUUUUAAAUUGCAGUUACAGUGUUAAUUGACUAGGGGGCACCAGUUGCACAUGUUUUCGUUCAGCUGAGCUCUUCACAGAAUUGUUGUGUAACAUUAUGCAAGAUUGUCUACAGGAUCCAUGGCUGGAUACGUUGACCUUGACUUGCGUUACUCGUUCAUUCACUUCUGUUAUUGUCUUGGCAUUUCAUGAUCUUCUUCUAAAACGUUUGUUUACAGUUGAGCUGAGUUUAGCUUGUUGCUUAAAAUCUUUGUUGAAUAUUUAUCCUGUGAUAGAUCUUAUAAUGUAUACUGGCAGAUGUUGUUUGAUUAAAUUGUCUUAAGUUUGUCUCAA